ACCUGUUUGACACGUCGCGUUUCCAGUGCUCAAACAAGAAUUCCACUAAACAAUACCAUUUUCUGACUUUCAACCACUUAAAGUCUUAAUUUUUAAUGGAAAAAUUGUACUUGUACUCAAUUUCGAUUUUCUCCGGAAUUGACAGUCAGAUUUCGGAGCAGUGGUGAUAACCCGCGGCAGUAGGUCACAACAGCUGUGUUUUUUUUUUCGAUUUUAUCUUUCAUAUUCGACUGAUCUCAGAGCGGGGGAGACUGAUUGGUAUUUAUUCAUGGAUAUUUCGUAAUAACGGGGGACGUUAUGGGGAAUGUGAGGGGUUCGUGGGACGAUUAGAGGCGUUUUCGAGCUAAUGUGAGGGCUGCGAAUCAACUGGUGUAGUUGACAGUGCCCUGAUGACGUUUGGAUACGAAAGAUGACGCACUAUCGAACCCAUAGAAUUUUCAAUAUUUUUGUUUUGUUCACUUUUGUAAUUUGCGUUUGUGGCGAUCUCCAGGAUUUUUUAGAUCUCCAGCAUAGAAGACCUCAUCAGCCUGCCACGAAUUUCGAUGAUAAUGAAUUCGAUCAGGAAAUGGAAGAGACCCAACAGGUAGAAGACGAUCAUGGCUGGGAUUUCGGGAAUUUAAGGAGAGAGGGACAACUUGGCAGUGCGCCAGUCCUUCCCAAGACAUCUAACAUUUCCUACAUUUUUGAUCCAAACAUAAAAUGGGACAAAAACUGGACAUCAACAUCCACCCUGGGUCAGCUGUCCGCGGUGGACAUAGAUCCCGCUGGAAACAUAGCAAUCUUCUGCAGAAGAACGCGCGUCUGGGGACAGGACACAUUCGCCACGAACAACAAGUUCGAUCCGCGCAAUGGCCCCAUUCCCGAGAACGUUGUAGUCCUCCUGAACAAAGAGGGUAAAAAAAUAAUCGAGUGGGGAAGCAACACGUUCUACCUCCCCCACGGUCUGACGAUCGAUGGCGACGGGAACUACUGGCUGACGGAUGUGGCAAUGCACAUGGUCCUGAAGUUCGCUUCAUCAGAAAUAGAUAAGAACACAGAGGCCCUGAAGAAGGCGGAGGCCUCGGGGCCUCGACGAGAGACAACAAUUGACCUCAACGAUCUGUUCAGAGACUCGAUAGUGAAGCCCUCGCUGGCCCUCGGCGAUCCCUUCGAGCCUGGCAACGACGAUCAGAGAUUCUGCAAGCCGACAGCAGUCGCAGUGAUGAAGAACGGUGACUUCUUCGUAAGCGAUGGCUACUGCAACUCUCGUGUCAUAAAAUUCAACCCCAAGGGCGAGAGAAUCUCCCAAUUUGGGAGGGCCUGGUUGGCUGGGGUGCACCACCAGCCCUCAGCCUAUUCCCUGUACGUACCUCAUGCCCUGGCACUCGCCGAAGACCUCGGAUUUCUCUACGUUGCCGACAGGGAGAACGGCAGGAUCCUCUGUUUUCAUGCGCAAAACGAGAGCUUCCACAGGGAGUACAGGCAUCCCGCUGUCGGCAGUAGAGUUUACAGCGUCGCUUAUGCCAAGGGGAGAAUUUACACUGUCAACGGAAAUGAUUAUUUACAGAGCUUUCACGUCAGGGGGUACAGCUUGGAUGUCAAUUCCGGGGAUGUUGUGUCGCAGUUCGGACCUGGGGAGGACAUGAAGGCUCCGCACGAUCUUGCUGUCAGCCGGGAUGGCAGGGAGAUCUACGUUGUCGAGCUGGACAGCCAUGAUGUCUACAGAUUCCUGCAGGCCGGCACUUCACCACCCCCUGGAGCAUCCACCGAGAAAGCACCCCCAAAACAUGGGCCUAAACUCCUGACAAGCACAACAAUCGGUGAAGAACCAAAGAAAGUGGGAAGCGUGACGAUAGCCCUCAUCACCAUCAUCAGUUCCACGAUCGUCAUUGGGCUCUGCAUAGCAGUGGCCGCCCUGGUCGCCAGAUGCCAGAAGAGAGGGUGCUUAUUAUCAGUGCGUAGGAAGUCUUACUGGGAGAGUGAUAGAAAAGAAAACUUCAAGCUGUCGCGAGUACUGGAAUCACGACAGGGUAAAAAGGGCUUUCGUCGGUUCGACAAACGUCCCAAUACCAAGGACUUCAGUAAAUUGAACACAGAGCCCGAGACAUCCGAAGAUGAGCGCGGAGAGGAGAGCCUCAUUAUUUAAUAAAUAACAAACUGCAGGGGAUCUAACCAAUCUUCGAUUGCAUUUUUAUUCUCAUUUUAUCGUGUAAUUUCCACUUCUGUGAAUGCGUUUGUGUGAAUUUUUUUUUUAUCAUUGAAUGGCGAGAAUUAGAGGCGUAUUUUUUCGUUUCGAGUAAUCGUGAAAAAUCAAGAAGUCGCGGGUAAUUUUUUACUGUUCAUUGGAAUAAAAAAAUACGCGAUGAAUAUUCUUCAUUCAAAUGGAUAAAGUCAUUCAAAACCGUCGAUUCGUGGGGACUUGACGAUUAUUUUACGGUGUUAAUUAUUAAUGAAUGAUGGAAAGAGGUAAUGAAACUGAUGCCAAGUAGAAAAGUCUGAUAUUUACCCCAUCAGACGAAACUUAAUGGACCAGCAGACACAGCAUGAAAUUUCGAACAUAUCGAGAGAAUUAAAACGUUGAAUCAGUAUUAGCCCUCGAUCAGUGCACUUUGUGCAUCUCGCUCCCUCUACGGAUACACUGGGGUGGUUCAUCACCCCACCCGAUGUCACGUGUUUAUUCUCGCCUGAGGCAUGACAAGAAUGUAAAUUUAAUUUUGCAGUUCAAGGAAAUAUUUAUUCGAACAGUAGAAAUGUGAAAGAUAUGAAAAAAAAUUCCGGUUCUAAAAAACUUUAUUUAUUUUCAUGUGAUCCCAAUUUUCCGGAC